GAAAUGUGACAAAUGGUGAGCAGACACCGGAUUAAGAUGAGGAGAAAAGACUGUAGAGAAGGAAAGAGCCAGUCGGCAUUGAGAGAGACUUACCACUGACAUCUCUUCCUGAAUCCCUUCAGUCCUCACAGCAGCUUCACAUUGGAUGACGAUGGAGCUGCCUGCAGCCUUUCUCUCUGAAGACCAGUUCACCUGUUCCAUCUGUCUUGAUGUGUUCAACAACCCAGUCUCAACAUCAUGCGGCCACAGCUUCUGCCAGGCCUGCAUCUCCACCUACUGGGAUGGAGGAGGAAACGGCAAGUUCUACCAGUGCCCCCUGUGCAAGGAGUCGUUCCGCAAGCGACCAGAGCUCCAUAUCAACCGAACCCUGAAGGAAAUCACGGAACAGUUUAAGCAGAUGGCCAAUACUGAAGUGCCAAUGGAUCCAAACUCGCGUCUGUACCAUCAUCACCACCUUGCCCUGCCUCCACGCCAGAGGCCAGGGGAGAAGACGGAGACUCGUGUUCAGCGGCUGUCUCCGGGGUUUCCUGCCUCCCACCCCAAUGAUUCUCUACCCCAAAGCCCGAACAGUGAGCACCUCGACCCUCCUUCACCCUACUCACCUCUCCGCAGGCAAAGUCUGAGCAGUCCCAGUGACUCCGCCCCCAAUCUGUCUCUGUGCCCCAUCCACUCGAGAGGUCUCGAGUUCUUCUGUCGUACUGAUAACACCUUCGUCUGCUGCAUCUGUGUGGAGACAGGAGAGCACCGAGGACACCACGUCAUCCCUGCCAAGAGAGAGUGGCACAUCAAGAAGUCCCAGUUAGGUAUUGCAGAGCUGGAGCUGAAGAAUCUCAUCGAUGUGAGAGAGAAGAAAGUGGUGGAAAUACAUAACUCCUUACGAGAAAUACAGGCUGCUGCCAAGAGAGAGACAGAUGGAACUGUGUGUGUGUUUUCCAAGCUGAUCUCCAGUUUGGAGCAUUGCCAAGCGGAAGUCUUGAAGGUGUUAAGGAUGACUCGGCGUGCGGCUGAGCACAGAGCUCAGGACCUUCUGAGGGAGCUGGAGGAGGAGAUCGCUGAGCUCAAGAAGAGGGGUUCAUCACUGAGCAAGCUGGAUCUGUCAGAAGACUACAUGCUGUUUCUCAGGAGGUUCCAUGCCCUGUCCACCCCUCCACAAGUUAAGGACUGGUCCGGUGUCUCUGUAGGGUCUGAGCUGACCUCAGGGGGGAUUCUCAGGACUGUCAAUCAAGUGAUGGAGCGCUUUGGAGAAGAGAUGCAAAUACUGCCCACAGCCUGCCAGCAAUCCUUGUUGGACCAAUCUGUACCCAGACCCAACCCAAGGAUAAGGAGGGUACAAGAAUAUGCAGAUGACAUCACUUUAGACGCCAACACAGCCCAUCAACGUCUCAUCAUCUCAGCAGAUGGGCAACAGGUGCACUGUGGAGAACGCAAUCAGUUGGUGCCCGACAACCCUGAGCGCUUUGACCGGGUGGUGUGUGUGCUCGCCCGCCAGGGCUUCAACUCAGGACGGCAUUACUGGGAGGUGGAGGUGGGAGGAAAGACAGACUGGGACCUGGGAGUGGCAAGUCAGUCUGUCAAUCGGAAGGGAAAAAUCACCGUAAGCCCCGCCCAUGGCUACUGGUUCCUCAGCCUGCGGGAUGGGACCGAGUACUCCUUCCGAACAGAACCCUCGACCGACCUGACAGUCAGCCUCAGACCCUCACGGAUUGGAAUCUAUGUGGACUAUGAAAAGGGACUGGUGUCCUUCUACAACGUGGAGGCCAGAUUGCUCAUCUAUACCUUCACAGAUCAUUUUUCUGACACCAUCCACGCGUUCUUCAGCCCCUGUACCAAUAAAUCUCGACGGAAUGAGGCUCCACUGAUCAUUUGUUCUGUUGCAAAAACAGAAUGAAAUGCCCUAACAUGUUGACGACAUCUUGACUAAUAAGCUGUCGCAUGUAUGUUGGAAGAAGACUGAUGCACAAACAUACCUCUAUGUGUGGUCACAUCUGCAUUCCCUUCUGCAUUGAAAUAGAGCAGUGGUUCCCAACCUUUUUUCCAUAAAGUCCCAGUGAAGCAGAAUCUUUGAGCUAUGUACCGUUAGAGGAGUCAUUCAAAUCAAAUCUUUCACAGUUGAUUGGAACACUGCUGGCUUAGAAUGAGCGGUCUGGCGCUCCAGAGGACUGUGGCUCCACACACACCUCCUUUGUCACGAAAAAUUGCAGAUGGAUGAAUGUCAAAAUGUGAUUGGUUUGAAUUUAUUGGUAUAUAUGACAGGGAAUGUGAUCUAAAAGGAUGAAAUGUCAUCUAAACUUUAAGGGUCCCCUUUUCUAUCAUUGAUUAAAUUGAAAGUUAAGAACAACUAAUCAUUUCUGUGAAUGUUGCAUCAAUGAUGAGUUUUCCUGUAAUUGUUUACUAACUUUAAUACAAUUGUCUGAGUGUAUUAUGUAUUAGUUUUUUUGUGUAUCUUUCUUACCAAACAGAGCUUGAGUUCAGGUUCUUACAGUGCCACCAUACUGAUAUUUCUAAAAUAGUAAUCCAACUUUUAGAAAUAAUGCUGAUAGGCCAACUCCUUACACCCCUUAAAAUCAAGACCUUCAGUGAUUCAAAGGAGAGCCCUAGUGGUGGUUGGGAUGCCCAGGUUUGGGAUCAGUUAGUUCAAAAUGUAUAUGCGAUUAUAUCUUGUCUUGUAAAAAAAACAUUUCCCCUUAUUUACAGUGUGUACUUGAAAUGCCCAUCCCUAUAGGAGCAAAUGGAGUAGAUAAUUAGCUAGAGUUUGUUUAUGGGUUAAUGUCGAAACAUGUAGGCAAUAUUAAUGUUCCAACAUUCAGAUUUGGCCCUAUUUAGUCCUGAGAAAUUACAAUUAUUCAGACACACUGGAGCACACCAGCUCAAAUCCGGGGGGGGGGGAAAUGCUUUUAGGCUGAAUGAAGGCAUGACAAAAAAGACCAGAACUGUAUCCACAACAGCACUGUAAGGCUCCAAAUCUUAUGACGCACUAGAACAUGUAACGGAGGUUCAAAGCUCGUAUUAUUUUAACAGUCUAGCAUGUUCACACCAUGGAUGUAUUUUGAGAACAGGAUAUUAAAUUCCAAGAUGGAGACUGUGGCAGCUGUGGAGGUGUGUGGUUCAGGGAAUGGUGUCUAAUUAGCCUAAGCUGCUGGUUGAUUGGUAAUUAGCCAGCAGCUGAAGCCAAUCAGUGUGUGUGUGUAUUUGUCCCAUAAACGAGCAGUUGGGACUGGGGAGCAGGAGGGAGAGCAGAGGUUCAGUCUGCGGUCUGAAGCAUUGAAUAAAGUAUCUUCCCAAGGAGAA